UAAUGGGCUAUAAAACUGCAUACCUGAAUUCUUAUUAAAAAGUUCGCGAUUUCGCUGAAACUUUGCAGAUUUUUCCUAAUUUUCGUACACUGUUUCAUUCUUGGAUUUAAAUGUGGUUUGCUAAAACAUAACCCAUAUUUUAAUACAAAAUUAACAAAAAGAUUUUGGCAUGCAAAACAUUGCGAAUAUUAACAAAAAAAGAGUCGUACACUCAGUUUUGGGAGUAACUGUAUGUAUGUAUGUAGAUGUAUUUCUGCAUGAAAAAUUAAAUUUCGAAAAAAAUGUCGCUUACGCCUUUUUGGCGGUCUGUGUCUUCCAAAACUACCGUUAUAUCAAAGGUAAUCAUUAUUUAGAGUCUGAUUUAAAAAUGUCAAAUGUUUGAUUGUUUGAAUGUACCGUUAUUUCAAAUGUAAUCGUAAUUUAGAGUCUGAUUUAAAAAUGUCAAAUAUUUGAUUUUUUCAAUGUUACCAAAAGAAAUAUAUCUAUGAAGUUUCGAAGAAAUUGGGGGCCAUCAGAGAAUCCACCAUAGUCCGAUUUUUCGUGAAAUCAAAGAAUAUACUGAAGGCGGAUUGCCAGGGAGGUAUGCAUUCAAAUACCAAUAAUAACCUACCUUGCAUCAGGGAUAGCUCAUAUACCAAGUUUCCUUGAGUUUGGUAGGCAGCGCUUUCACGAGUUGCGUCAAUGCAUGCAAAAUGAUGAAGAUGAUAAUCCCGGAAACACACUCACACCUGAUUCUCAGAACAGUUCUACUGACGGUGUUUUCGCUAAUCGUACGACACACCCCUUUAAGGUGAUAGAGAACGAUACAAUGAGCAUACAGAGUAUGACAUCGUUGGGACGUGUUGGGCGAAUAUUGGCAGGAAAUAUCGAUCCUUCAGCUUUGAGCAUCGAUAGGGAAUCGUUGGCGGCCCAUUCGACAUCAUCUGCCAAUUCCCAUCAAAUGCAACAGCAACAACAGCAGCAGCAAAUGUAUUUGCAACAUUUGCAGCAACAACAACAACAACAGCAACAGCAACUACAGCAAAACCUGGCUGUUAUGGUGCCAUCCACUAGUAACAAUUUAGCAGUGUUGGUUGAACAACAGAAUGCUGCGGCAGCAGCAGCCGCUGCUGCAGCUACAGCACCACGAGGCAGUAAUGCAUCACGCAGCUCUGUAAAAAAUACAAAAACACCAUCAUCAUCCCCAUCACAUAAUCACACUUCCAGCUCUACUAUUGGAGCUGCUGCUACUGCAGCUGCCGCGACAGCAGCUCCGGCAGCAAUGCCUGAAAACAAGAUGAUAUUUCAGGAACCUGAUGUGAUUGCGAGCACCAAGUUGGCACACUCGAAAACAACAGAUUCCAUCACUUCGAGUGGACCCAUUGCGCCACCACGGCGCAAGAAAAAGUCACGUAAGUCAACCAGCUCAUCGGAUCAAUUCAGUAUAAAUGAGGGGAUGCAGAUGUCAGGUGCUCCGGACACUGAAGACACUGAUAGUGAUACUCGUUCAGUAAAAAGUGUACUCGAUGUUCAGCAGCAGAAAUUGCGCGAUGAUAUUGCCGAAGAAAUUGAACGUUCUUGGCAGGAGACAAGUUCUAUGACAAGUUCAAACGCUACUAGUGGCAUAGCACCAAUAGCUACGGCUACAAUAAACAGCACAUCAAUACAUAUGGCGGCAGUUGGUACCCGAACGCAUAGCAUUGGUAUUAAUUCGCUUGCAAUGGGCAUAUCCAAUAUACCAUUAGGAGCAUCUAUGACAACGACCCCAUCUUCGGGAGCAGUACCUGCAUCAAUUGCAUCGUUGGCGCAAACAUCCACCUGCAAUGCACGUCCUGUUACUACAGCCACUGUGGGCGGUUCUAUAAAUCGCAUCUCGCAUUCAUUGGGCAAUAGUUCCACAUCGGUCUACUCGAAACCCAGCCCAUCGAAUUCAGCAAAAAGUAAUUCUGCACCUGGUCGUGUAAGGUACUUUUAUGCUGCUGGUUUUAUUUAUAGUUCUAUUGAUCCUACACAAGGCCUCAAUCUGUAUAAAGCCACACAAGGUGGUUGUGUUGUUAAGCCACGUGACGAAGCAUGCAACAAAGCUGAAGGUCCAACACAGGAGGAGAUCAAACGUAUUGAACAAAUUCUGAUGGAUGAAGGGGCCCGUCCUAUUUUGGCUGGUACUGGUUCGAAUAGUUUGGGUAGCGGCACAAGAUAUCCAUCGCUGGUUUACCGCUCGAGUAGUGACAAGGAACGACGCAAAUCGGCUGGCGAUGAGGAUGUUCUCAAGCAGAUGAACAUCUAUGUUCGUACGCGCACUAGUUCUGGCAAACAAUUAACCGAUUUCGAAAUACUCAAACAGGUUCCCGUCAAAAAUUUAGAUACUGGCGAGAAUAUGACGUUGUCUGAGGUUCGCUCUCCACCAGUUCCCGAAGGUUGGAAUCCAUUGUCGCUGCACAUACUGAAACUCACCUCGCAUCUGGAGGUGAACCCAAAAGAAUCAGACGAAGAGAGCGUGAUCGGCAUACCGCCGAGCAGCGAGGGUCAGCCACCGGAUGAGGAAGAAUGCGAGGCGGAUGAUGGAAGUCGUUUAAAAAAAAAGACAGCACGCUUUAAACGUUUUCUUGGCUCCACAGUGCGUAAAACGGUCGACAAGGCGAAAUCGCUGGCAUCCGAAGUGUCCCAUGCACGACACAAAGAGGAUGUUGCCGACAUAACGGAUGUCAUGAAUCCCGAAGCGAAUAUAAAAAUUAAAGCCUCUUCAACCAAUAAGGGACCAUAUGAAUUUACCAAAUUGCAACACGUUCAGGAUUUGUAUGGCGAACACACUGGCGCGGUAUGGUGUAUGAAAUUUAGCUCAUGUGGCCGUCUACUAGCCACUGCUGGCCAAGACAAACUACUACGUAUUUGGGUAUUAAAAGAUGCGUAUCCGUUCUUUCAGGAUAUGCGCACAAAAUACAAUGCGGAUCAGAAAUCAUCUCCUACACCCUCACAAGAGUCCCUCGUGUCCCAACACUCGGAGGAGGCGAUCGCCAUGGCGGCCGCCGCUGAAAAAUGCACCGGCCCAUUUAUGCCGAAAGCGUUCUGCACUUACAUUGGACAUACGUCGGAUCUGCUGGACGUCUCUUGGUCGAAGAAUUAUUUCAUACUUUCCAGUUCUAUGGAUAAGACUGUACGUUUGUGGCAUAUAUCGCGCAAGGAGUGCCUCUGCUGCUUUCAACAUAUUGACUUUGUCACAGCAAUCGCUUUUCAUCCACGCGACGAUCGUUACUUCUUAAGUGGCAGUUUGGAUGGUAAACUGCGUUUGUGGAAUAUUCCAGACAAGAAGGUGGCACUCUGGAAUGAAGUCGACGGGCAGACAAAACUAAUUACAGCAGCAAACUUCUGUCAAAACGGACAAUUUGCAGUAGUUGGUUCGUACGAUGGUCGAUGCAUUUUCUACAACACAGAUCAGUUGAAAUACCACACGCAGAUACAUGUGCGUUCAACGCGUGGUAAAAAUCGUAUUGGGCGUAAAAUAAGUGGCAUUGAGCCAAUGCCUGGGGAGGAUAAGAUACUUGUAACCUCUAAUGAUAGUCGCGUGCGUUUGUAUGAUUUGCGUGACUUGAAUUUAUCUUGCAAAUACAAAGGCUACUUAAAUGUAUCCUCGCAAAUCAAAGCAUCUUUUAGUCACGACGGAAAGUACAUAAUUGCUGGAUCGGAAAAUCAAUGCAUCUAUAUUUGGAAAACAAAUCACGACUACUCCAAAUUGAGCUCGGUUCGUCGGGAUCGCAGCGAUUUCUGGGAAGGCAUUAAAGCGCACAAUGCCACUGUAACUUGUGCCAUUUUUGCACCACAUCCAGAGGCUAUCAUAAAAUCGGAGCCUGACGAAAUUGGACCCAGCGAAAAGCCGGAUCCCCUUGCCGAACAACAUAAAAAAGGUUGUGGCUAUGUAAUGGUUAGCGCCGACUUUAAUGGUGCCAUCAAAGUGUUUAUCAAUAAAACGAAGCCAAAACACAGCAGCUUACCUUACACAGCAAUCGCAGACUAAACUAUCUUUAUUUUACGCUGAAAUUAAAUGUUAACUGAAUUAGAAAUAGGAAAGUGAUAUUGAUUAAGGCGGUAAAUGCUAAGCGCUAGCUACUAGCAUUAUGCAUUUCUCAUUGAAUUCGUACCGAUGGAAGGGUAACAGCUGGUCCGCCAAUAAAAACAAAACUAUUUUCUGCAAAACGAAAAAAAGAACUUGGUCUUGGGCUGAAUUGUAAUAUUUAGAAAAAAAAGUUCGAAUGUAAAAAUAUUUUUUUUAGUUAAAAGAAAUAAAUGUUAACUUAAUUGCGCCACCAGCGGCGGAAGGAAAAGCACCUCUUCAAAAUUGUUAAAGUAUUUACUUUUUUUUUAAUUAUAUAUUAUGUUGACAGAAGAUUGAUUUGAUUAUUAAUUUGAUCAAAAGAGUAUUAAGUAUUUUAGUACAUACAAUAUUUUUGCUGAUUGAUUUAUCAAAGAAAAUAUAUUAGACAUGCGUAAAUAUUUAUGUUUUUGUCCGUACAUUAUUUUAUACUCUUCACCACUGCACUGUAUUGUCAUGCAAAUGUGUUAUUAUUGUUAUAUGUAUGUAUGUAUAUGUAGUGUUUUUAAAAUUUCAUAAGUUUUCGAAAAAUGUUAACUAUCAUUCUACUGCUACUACCAUUUACUUAUGUAGAUAUCUAUAUGCAUAUUUACUAUGUACGUGGACUAGUCUCGAAGCAAUAAAAGCCACUUAAAAAUAAAUACAACAACUUAUGCAAUUGCAAUUGGGAAAAAAUUUAAAAUGGUCAAUUUGUUUAGAUAGCACAUUGCAUAGCAUUGCAUUGCAGAUUUGUUUACUAAGUUGUAAAUAAGCCAAUUAACUAAAUAUGUAUGUAUUUAUAUCGCUAAUACGUGAGCAUGUAAAGGAAGUGAUUAUGUAAAGGAAAACAAAAAUUAUCAAUUAAAAUAAAAUGCAAAUUAUUUUAUUAAUAAUA